CGUGUCAAUCCUGAUCUUUAACACUUCUCGGCAGUGCUUUGUUGUGGUGAAGCAGUUCCGCCCAGCUGUUUACAUGUGUGAAGUCGAAAGGCAUCACCCUCAAGUCUUUCAGAACCAGGACAAGGAGAGCUUCUCUCGCCUGGAAAAUCCCCUGCCUGCCAAGCUGGGAGUGACCUAUGAGCUCUGUGCUGGAAUUGUGGACAAACCAGGACUUUCUCUAGAAGAAACUGCCUGUGAGGAAGUCCUGGAGGAGUGUGGCUACCGCGUGUCCGUGACAGACCUGAGGAGGAUCACGUCCUACAGGUCUGGAGUUGGUGUGACAGGCUCCAGGCAGACGUUGUUCUACGCAGAGGUAACUGACCAGCUGAGGAGCAGUGCAGGAGGUGGCCAGCCUGAGGAAGGAGAGCUGAUUGAAGUCGUGGAGGUACCUUUGGAAGAAUCCAUGAAGUUUGCCUAUGACGAGACUCUCCCGAAGACGAUGGGUGUCAUCUUCGGCUUCACGUGGUUCCACAACAACAUAGCACCCAAACUGCCUAAGAAAUAA